UCAGAUCUGUUUAUCUAUAUCCCUUUCUUAUUUUCUUUACAGAUUUUGAUUGUUUUUGGUGUUGAAUGCGAUUACCAUUGUUACUCUUUGUUUUCUUUUCCUUUCUGGUGGUAAUUUCAUUUUGUUUAGGGGUUUAAAGCGUGUUUCUUGAUCUCUUGAUGUUUUGGUUUUGGUGGGAACUCAUCGAUUUUGAGAGAUCUGAAGGACGUCAUUUGGUAAGUUGGAAAGAUGUCUCCAUCAUCCAAAUCGAAGAGCAAGUCCAAGGACAAGGCAUCUGCAAGGGCUUCCAAGGAACAGCAGAAGGCAUCUACCAAGCCUUCUGGAUCUACCAAUACAGCGCUUGGUAAUCCAGCAAGUGCGUACAAUCCAAUCUCUGGGACAUUUCAUAACUUAGAGAUACCAUCAGCUGCCUCUUCCCAGCCUUUCCAUGAUAAUGGCCGUUUCAAAAAUAUAGAUGACACAGAUGAGCAUUCCAGUAGCCCCCGUGGAACCGUAUCUGAAUGUGAUUCGGUUUCGAACAAUGGGAGUUGCUCUGGUGAGUCUGAAGAUCCAAAAGAGAAGACAGCCAAUUCUACCCGGCAAGAAAUUGUACCUGGUUUAGACAAUGACAGGAGAGAGAAGAUUCGACUGAAGAAUGAGAAGAAGCACCAGCGACAAAGGGAGAGGCGGGCACAAGAGUUGCAUGAGCGUUGCAGUAGGUAUCUGAUGUCAAGAAAACUGGAAGACCUUUCACAGCAGCUUGUGGCAAUGGGUUUUUCUCGUGAGCGGGCAACCUUGGCCCUUGUGUUGAAUGAGGGCAAGGUAGAAGAAUCAGUAAACUGGCUUUUUGAGGCAAGUGAAGAUGAAGCUCAUAGCAAGGACAUUAAACUAGGAAGCGGUUGUAACUUGAAAAUUGAUAUUAGGGAGGAGCUUGCUCAGAUCUCAGCAAUGGAGGUGAGGUACAAAUUCUCAAAGCAGGAGGUUGAAAGAGCAGUUGUUACUUGUGAAGGUGAUCUUGAGAAGGCAGAAGAGAUCUUACAAACACAAAAGCAGGAAUCACCUGCUACUGCACUAACUCCAGAAGAGACUACCGAUGCCAAUCAUCUAAAGAGAACACAAGAAAAGCCCAUGCUGUCAGCUUUGGUUGCAAUACAAAAGAGAAGAAAUGAGCGAGAUUUUAACUAUGCCAAAACUGCAGUAGAAGUGCCAAUGUAUUCAGAUCCUGGGAGCAGAAACAUGCAGUCCGUGAACCAACCCAAGUCACUUGCUGAGAAGAGGUGGUCCACAUCAGGAUCAAGUCCAUCAUCGUCAUUAGCUAGGGCAUCAGCUAUGCAAGUGACACCUCCAUCAUCAAAAUUGGAGGUCAGGCUUGGUGUUUCUGGAAAUGAAGGGAAAAAUCAUCAGCAAACACUGAGGGAACCAGUAGUUAUGAUGCAGCGUCCCCAAUCUAUAAAUGCCAAGCAAAAUCAAUUGCCUAGUGUAAGUGCCUCACCUUCUGCAACAACUGGAUGGUAUUCAAGUAUUGCAUCAGGUGUUGAAAGUGUAAGGUCAUUACUUCCAAAUCAGAGCAGUGGAAGUCUUGGUUUGGUAAAUCAGAAUACAGAGCAAUUCUACCAUCCUGCUUCAUAUAAAGAAAGCCCAUUCCUCUUUGAUGGUCCUGUUGAUUCCACAUCUGAAGGUUUGGGAGGUUCAUGGGGCACAAUGCGCAAAUCUCCUUCUUUUGCAGCUCCAUAUGAGCCUCAGGGUUCGUUUGGUACAAUGAAUGCAUCUUCACCAUCACUUGCAGCUCCAUCGUCACUUGGUCUAUUUUCUGGUUGGGGCUCAGCAGGAACUUUAGGUUCAUCAUCACAUGUGGAUUGGAAUACUGGAGGCUUGAUGCCAGAGUUUGACUAUACCAGUAUAGAUUGGACUUUGGAUUCAAAUCUGUCAUCCUCCAAACUGGGUGGGUUGUGGUUGGGGCUUUCUUCAUUAUUGAGGAACAGUACUGGCACGAGCAUGAAUGGUAUGAAUAGUUCCUGCAUAUCAGGGUUGCGGGAUGGUGGGGCAACUAAAGAAUCGUCAUCUUCUGCUAGUUUGCAUGAGUGGACGUCUCCUUUUGCUGGGAAGGACAUAUUUAGUUUGCCUAGGCAAUUUGUUACUUCUCCAUCUCCUUAGGACCAGGGAUAGGACUUUGGAAUAGGGGAAGGAAUGGAGGUAAUGAGGCUGGUAGUGGGUGUCUGGAUGCAGUUUGAUGGUUAUUUUUCUGGUUUUUCAGUCGUAAAUGCAUCUAAUAGUUUCGGGCUGUCA